AUGGUCGCACCAGCAAUCCGGGUGGCCCCCUCGGCUGCCAACCGUGCCUUGAAUCUGCUGCGCACAGUGCAAUACACUCACCCUCCCAACUGCCCCUGCCACUCCAAUCCCAACCACCACCAUCACCACAAGACCCCGUCCAUGAUUAACAAUGCCCGUCGGCACCUGGCUACCCCCGUAGAUCCCUCGCGCGAGAAGGAGUAUGCAUUCGAAAUGGCGGCGUCGAGUAUCCGCUUCGGUCCCGGCUCCACCAAGGAGGUUGGCAUGGAUUUUAAGAAUAUGGGCGCCAGGCGCGUGUGCAUUGUGACCGAUUCAAAUGUCGCCAAGCUUGAUGCUAUGAAGCAGGCUGUCGAGGGUCUGAGUCGCGAGGGAAUUGAAUUCACCAUUUUCGACAAGACCCGGAUUGAACCCAAGGACAGCUCUGUCAAGGAAGCUAUCAAUUUUUCCAAGCCCUAUAAUCCAGAUGCCUUCCUGGCAGUCGGUGGCGGCUCCGUCAUCGACACCGCAAAGCUCAUGAACCUCUACACCGUCUACCCCGAAGCAGACUUCCUCGACUUCGUCAACGCUCCGCUGGGCAAAGGCCUUCCAGUCGAGAGGAAACUCCUUCCACUAGUCGCCGUCCCAACGACAGCAGGCACAGGCUCGGAAACUACCGGCACCGCCAUCUUCGACCUCGUCUCAAAAAAGGCAAAGACAGGCAUCGCCCACCGCAAUCUGAAACCGACACUGGGAAUCUGCGAUCCGAUCAACACUCGCACCAUGCCGUCCGCCGUCCACGCCGCAUCGGGUUUAGACGUGCUCUGCCACUCUCUCGAAUCUUGGACUGCGAUUCCAUACAACGAGCGCACACCUCGUCCUACCAACCCAAUUAACCGCCCCGCUUAUCAAGGUGCCAAUCCCAUUUCCGAUAUCUUCUCCCUGCAGGCCCUCCGCAGCACGGUGAAGUACCUCCCCCGCGCGGUCCGGGAUCCCGAUGACCACGAAGCUCAGUCACAGAUGCUUCUCGCCGCGACAUUGGCAGGUGUGGGCUUCGGAAACGCAGGUGUGCAUCUGUGCCACGGAAUGAGUUACCCCAUCUCCAGCCAAAACCCCGGCUACAAGCACGCGGGUUAUGAGGUCGAUCACCCGAUCAUUCCACACGGUGUUUCGGUAGCAGUCACCGCACCGGCUGUCUUCAAAUUCACCGGGGCCUCGAACCCGGACCGUCAUCUUGCUGCUGCAGAGGCGUUCGGUGUCGAUAUCUCGAAUGUCAAACGCGAGAGCGCGGGUGAGGUUUUGGGCGCUGCGAUCGCGGAAUUCUUGGUCAAGUUAGGUAAUCAGCCGCGUGGUCUGAAGGAUUUGGGAUUCAAGGCUUCGGAUGUGGAGGGUUUGGUUGAGGGGACGCUUCCACAGAGGCGGGUGCUUAUGCUUGCGCCGAACUUGAGUGAGGAGCUUCAGGCGGAGAAGGGAGAGUUGAGGCGUCUCCUGGAGGAGUCUUUGGAAUACUAG